GGGUAGUCUCGGGGCCGCCGCAGUUCCUGGCAAGCAACCAGGCGCGUUCUGCUGGCCGCCCCCCUAUUUUCGGACGAACGCGCCUUCGUCCCGCCCGCCGGCCUUGUCUGUGGUCGUGCCGGCCCCUUCUCUGCUUGCUCCGCACGCACGCACGCACGCCCCCGGAGGUGCCCCUCCGUCCCCGAGCGCGGACUCUGUAGCCCAGUGAAGGAGGCUGCGCGACCUGCCGGCGCCGCGGUGUGGGCCGGCGCCGGGCGUCCGGGAUGUAUGUUUCUUCAAUGUCUGUGGCGCGCCAUGGGGUUAUGCGCCGCCGGCCCGGAAUGUUUGUUGCGAUUCUUUCUAGACAUUGACAUACUAGAUUGAUAGCGUAUCUAGUGUUGGACGCUUCUAGGUCCGAGAAAGUUUCGGCCGCUCGUGUUGCGGUCUGUCGCCGUCCUCAUGGGGAGGUGCAACUAAGCCUCGGCAGUGCCAUGCUUGCCCUCCUUUGGCGUGGCGAUCGCGUGCGCCUAGUCGGCCCAUGGCGACUCUACUUGAAUGAGCCGGCUUUUAGACGGGCAU